UCACGGCCGUGAACUGCUACAGCGUGAAGGCCGCCACCCGGGUCCAGGACGCCUUUGCUGCCGCCAAGCUCCUGGCGCUGGCCCUGAUCAUCCUGCUAGGCUUCGUGCAGAUCGGGAAGGGAGACGUGUCUAAUCUGGAUCCCAAGUCCUCCUUUGAAGGCACCCAUUUGGAUGUGGGGAACAUCGUGCUGGCCCUGUACAGCGGCCUCUUUGCCUACGGAGGAUGGAACUACUUGAAUUUUGUUACAGAGGAGAUGAUCAACCCCUACAGGAACCUGCCUCUGGCCAUCAUCAUAUCCCUCCCCAUCGUGACACUAGUGUACGUGCUGACGAACCUGGCCUACUUCACCACCCUGUCCACUGAGCAGAUGUUGACCUCAGAGGCCGUGGCCGUGGACUUCGGGAACUACCACCUGGGGGUCAUGUCCUGGAUCAUUCCGGUCUUCGUGGGCUUGUCCUGCUUCGGCUCAGUCAACGGGUCCCUGUUCACGUCCUCCAGGCUGUUCUUCGUGGGGUCCAGGGAGGGCCACCUGCCCUCCAUCCUGUCCAUGAUCCACCCGCACCUGCUGACGCCUGUGCCGUCCCUCGUGUUCACGUGUGUCAUGACGCUGCUCUACGCCUUCUCCAAAGACAUCUUCUCAGUCAUCAACUUCUUCAGCUUCUUUAACUGGCUGUGUGUGGCCCUGGCCAUCAUCGGCAUGAUCUGGCUGCGCUAUAAGAAGCCAGAGCUGGAGCGGCCCAUCAAGGUGAACCUGGCCCUGCCCGUGUUCUUCAUCCUGGCCUGCCUGUUCCUGAUUGCCGUCUCCUUCUGGAAGACCCCUGUGGAGUGCGGCAUUGGCUUCACCAUUAUCCUCAGUGGGCUGCCCGUCUACUUCAUUGGGGUCUGGUGGAAGAACAAGCCCAAGUGGCUCCUGCAGAGCAUCUUUUCCAUGACAGUCCUGUGCCAGAAGCUCAUGCAGGUCGUCCCCCAGGAGACAUAAGCAAGGAGGGCUGAGAAACUGCCAGAAAGAAAAUGCACAGAG